AUGUCGAAACACAAGCUGCUUCUCUCGUGCCGCCCACGGACGGUCGCCGCAUCACCUAAGACUGUCUUGAAUCGUCUACACAGCCGAGCCAUCGCAACAACGCCGUCACAAACUUCUUAUACCCCAACCCGAGCUAUCCCAACCUAUCCCUUCCCGUCACAAAGCCAAUGGCGACCGCGAAAAGGGUCGUUAGCCUUCCUAAAACAAUAUCAUACACCUCUGGCCGCCUUCAGCACGUCCGCCAUAGCAAAUGCGACCGUUGCAACAUUGAAUCCACAAGUUGACGAUGACGGACAGCCUCUGCUUGUCUCCAUAUCCCCACGAGCGGCAAAGCGUCUACGAGAAAUCACCAAUCCCGCUGCCUCUCCGUCUGCUACGCAAAAGGAAAACCCAUACCACCACCUACGCAUCACCGUGACAAGUGGAGGAUGUCAUGGUUUCCAAUACCUGAUGAGUUUAGAGUCGAGCUCGAAAAUAAAUGAAGAGGAAGACACCGUUUUUGAAGUCAAGGAAGAUACCCCUGACGCUACGCCGGGUGCCGCGGCUGGCCAAGCAAAGGUGGUGAUGGACUCUGCCUCUCUCGAGCUACUGUCAGGCAGUACGGUCGACUACACAACUGAGCUUAUUGGCAGCCAGUUUAAGAUCGUGGAUAACCCGCGUGCCUCGAGUAAUUGCGGCUGUGGAACGAGUUUUGAUAUCAAAGAAUAA